GAUUGGAAUGGUAAAUUGUGAUAUUCUUUUCCUGUGUAAUCAAAAUUAUAAAUAGCCAAAUAAUAUGAUUUUUGUUUAGUGGGUAACAAUGAUGUUGUCUAUAGUUCUUCUCCUAUGUGUUUGCUUGAGUGGAUAUGUAGUGUCAGAAAAGUUACCUGGUGCUGUCCCUGUCGAUAUAAAAUUCACAAAACUAAUGGACGUUAAGUUGGAAAGUCCAAGUAGAACCAGCUCUUUGAGUAAUGACAUAGGAAGAUUUCUUUAUCCUCGACUUGAAAACACUGGUUCAGAAGCCAGAGAAGACUAUUUGCAAAUUCCCUUAAAGUUGUCAUUUGGGGUAGAUAAGCAAAAUGGAAUUCCUGAAUACGAAAAAACUACUUCAAUUAUUUUUGACCAAUGUAAAUAUUUGGUAGGUAGAAAUCAAUUACCGAUUUGUCGAUUGAAUCCAGUUGCGACAAAUUUAGAGAAUAAUUAUCCAAGAAGUUGCAGAGAAAUUCUAGAAGCUGGAAACAAUAAAUCUGGUGUCUACCAAAUUAAACCACGCACCUCCAAUAAAGCUUAUUAUGUUCUGUGUGAUAUGGAAACUAAAGCUGGAGGCUGGACUCAUAUCCAGAAGAGAUUUGACGGAUCUCAAGAUUUUUAUCUACCUUGGAGAGAUUACAAAUUCGGUUUUGGUGAUCUAAUGGGUGAAUUUUGGAUAGGGCUUGAAAAUAUUUAUCACAUGACAGCAUUCGAUAGAAACGAACUUCUUGUAGAGCUAACAGAAACGAAUAAAAAUAUCAGCUACGCACAAUAUUCAACGUUCUCAGUUGGUUGCGAAAUGGACGGCUAUCCAUUAAAGGAACUCACAGGAUACUCAGGAAAUGCUGGGGAUGGUCUAGCCAAUCACAUUGGUAUGAAGUUUUCAACAUUUGAUGUGGAUCAAGAUAAAUCCCCUGUGCAUUGUGCUCAAAUUUAUGAGGGCGCUUGGUGGUAUGGAUCACCCUGCCAUACCAGCAAUCUUAAUGGAAAAUUUAUGACAGUCGUACUUCCUGAAGCAUAUACCGCGCAUGGUCUUAACUGGUAUCCUCUAAAAACAGUUCAUGUCAACUUGGCUGGUUCCAGAAUGAUGAUUAGGCCAAUUGGAGAAUAAACAAUUAUUAAUGGAAGAAUAUGUACAUCAACAAAUGUGUGCCUCUAUGUAAAAUAUUUUAAUAUAAUUGAUAUGCAUUUUU